UAAUGACUGCUAGGCAAUUCGGAACUCACGACCUUCCAUUUUUGCCGCCAAAUUUUGGGUUAGGUAAUAAACUGUCAUAGGUUACGAGGGCCAAUAAAACAACACACACACGCACACAUAUAUAUUAGUCUUUUUUUAUCUAUAAGGAAUAGUAAACUAGAAACAGAGAUAGUUGUAUACCUUGUUUAAUAGAAUAGUAGGACAUACUAGAUAACAUACAAUUACAAGUGACCCCAGGGUCGAGUGCUGAUAUGUUAUCACUCACUGUCAUGAUCACGAGGAGUCACUCUAAUGACAUUCACGUAAAGAACCGUUUGCAUAUAACACGUACCCAUUAAUAAAUUGUGUCACGGAGUGAAAAAGACUAAGAACUUAGAAAACAAGAUCAUGAUCAAUAAAUUAGCACUGGUAACGGGCUCAAAUCAGGGCAUCGGAUUUGCGAUAGUAGAAGAAUUACUUAAAAGAGGAGUCAAAAAUGUCUACGUCACAGCAAGAAAUGAGCACCGAGGCAGAGAUGCAGUGGACAAGCUGAAAGUUAAAGGACUGAACCCACAAUUCCAUCCUUUAGAAGUCACUAAUAUAAACAGUGUAAAAAGAUGUGCGGAAUACAUAAAAAUGAAACAUGGAGGACUAGAUAUACUAAUCAAUAACGCUGGUGUCAUAACAGAAAGUUGGGAAAACACUACUUAUGAAGAUUCCGUACGAGUCAUAAAUACAAACUACCACGCUGUACUAACUGUCCAAGAACAUUUCUUCCCGAUCCUAAACAGAAACGCAAGAGUUAUAAAUAUAGCUAGCGAUUGCGGACAUAUUUCCAAUUUGAAAAACAAGGACUGGAUCGCAAGACUAACUCAGAGAGACGUACAAAAGUCAGACAUAGAUGAUUUCAUCGCAUGGUUCUUAAACUCCGUUAAAACAGAGACGUGGAAGCCAGAGGAUUUCUUGCAAACGCAACUGCUAGCUUACAAGAUAUCGAAGAUAGCGUUAUGUGCGUUGACUAUUGUACAACAGAGGGAAGUGGAUAAUAAUAUUUCGGUCAACUCUUUACAUCCCGGGUUCGUCCAGACUUCAAUGACAACGCGUAGUGGUGUGUUCACACUGGAGGAAUCUAGCAAAGCUCCGGUGUAUUUGGCCCUAGAUGUGGACCAGUCAGCAAAGGGGCAAUACUUCUGGUACGAUAAGGAGCCGAAGGAUUGGCGUAAUCCCAACCUGCCGCUGUUUUGUGAUUAUGAAGUGCUUAAGAAAUAUUUGUAAUGUGUGAUAGUGUAAAUAAAAUAAGCAGGUAAUUUAUACAGCUACAUGUUAUUAUAUUUAUUAUUAUUUAUGAUUAAAUUAAUUUAAUUAGUGGAAGUAGUCAGUUAUUUUUA